AUGAACGUGUUCGCUGACGAGGCUACCGAGGAGCGCGGCGAGAACGCCCGUCUUUCCUCGUUCGUUGGAGCUAUGGCUCUUGGAGACCUUGUGAAGUCGACCCUUGGACCCAAGUCGACCUCGGACGGCAAGGUUACUGUCACGAACGACGGAGCCACCAUCCUCAAGUCGAUCCAGCUCGACAACCCCGCCGCCAAGAUCCUUGUCAACAUCUCCAAGGUUCAGGACGACGAGGUCGGUGAUGGAACGACCUCUGUGUGUGUCCUCGCCUCUGAGCUGCUCCGCGAGGCCGAGAAGCUCGUCACUGUUUCGAGGAUCCACCCGCAGACCGUCGUUGAGGGAUUCCGCAUCGCGUCCAAAGCCGCCCUCGAGGCGCUCAAGGAGAGCUCUCUCGACAACUCGGACGACCCUAUGAAGUUCCGCGAGGAUCUUUUCAACAUUGCCCGCACGACGCUCUCGUCCAAGGUUCUCGCCCAGGACAAGGACUACUUCGCGAACCUCGCCGUCGACGCCGUCCUCCGCCUCAAAGGCUCGACCAACCUCGAGAACAUCCAGAUUAUCAAGAAGGCUGGUGGCAAGCUCACCGACUCUUACCUCGACGAGGGCUUCAUCCUGGACAAGCAGAUCGCGGUCAACUCGCCGAAGCGGAUAGAGAACGCUAAGAUCCUCAUCGCCAACACGUCGAUGGACACGGACAAGGUCAAGAUCUUCGGCGCCCGCGUCAAGGUCGACGGAACCGGCAAGCUUGCCGAGCUCGAGCGCGCCGAGCGUGAGAAGAUGAAGGCCAAGGUCGACGCCAUCGCCGACCACGGCAUCACCUGCUUCGUCAACCGCCAGCUCGUCUACAACUACCCCGAGCAGCUCCUCGCCGACCGUGGCAUCAUGGUCAUCGAGCACGCUGACUUUGAGGGUGUUGAGCGUCUUGCGCUCGUCACUGGCGGUGAGAUCGCGUCGACGUUCGACGCCGCCGACAAGCUCAAGAUCGGUCGCUGUGAUGUCAUUGAGGAGGUCAUGAUCGGAGAGGACAAGCUCAUCAAGUUCUCUGGAGUCGCUGCCGGUGAGGCGUGCACCGUUGUCCUGCGAGGAGCCACCUCGCAGAUGGUCGACGAGGCGGACCGUUCGCUGCACGACGCUCUGUCCGUUCUGUCGCAGACUGUCAAGGAGUCGCGUGUUACGCUCGGUGGAGGAUGCGCCGAGAUGCUGAUGUCGUGCGCUGUCGAGAACGCCGCGCGCACCGUGACGGGCAAGAAGGCGCUUGCCGUCGAGGCGUUCGCUCGUGCUCUCAGGCAGAUGCCGACGAUCCUCGCCGACAACGGCGGUUACGACUCUUCCGACCUUGUCUCGAAGCUCCGCGCCGCCCACUACGAGGGUAACACCGAGGCCGGUCUCGACAUGGACCACGGCGAGGUUGCGUCCAUGCGCGAGCUCGGCAUCACCGAGAGCUACAAGCUCAAGCGUCAGGUUAUCGUGUCGGCCUCCGAGGCGGCCGAGAUGAUCCUGCGUGUCGACAACAUCCUCCGUGCCGCGCCCAGGCGGCGCGAGGCGCACUAG